UUUCGAGGUUUCACAGUAAUAAUUAAAUAGCUAGUUAAAUCUAUGCUUAAACUUGAGGUGGCCAGUUGAUGCAGUAUACAUUAGUCUUGAAAUUCACGGCUUCGUCCAGACGGGGUUGCUAAGUUCCCGCUUUAAUGUGCACCAGUCUCGCUUCCUUUAUUUAGCUGAGCUGGUAGAUAAGUUACCUUCGAGCUCGUUUUAUUUCGCCUAACAGAAACACCAGCUGCGUCAACAAACUAGCGUUAGCAUCAUUAGCUAAACAGUUACAGCGUCGCGGAAAGGAGUAGAGCGCAAGUUAAUGUUUCGCUUGUGUUCAGACACUCCGAAUACAAAGUUAGUAACGUCAACACAGUUAAUGUUUACAGUUAGGUCGGUUCGACAUGGACGAGUCGGACACCGCAGCGAUCCUCCCCGGCGAUGUCCUCAACGCCACAUCAACCGACGACGAAAUGUCGACCAACGUCUCAUGUGGCCACAAAGACGAAGCUGAUGUAACGUUACCGACCACCCGCACCGUACGACCACCGUUUACAUGCUCGCUGCCGGUUUCUGUGGAGCCAGUGUUGUUCCUCUCCAUGUUUUCUCUGGCCCUGCAGGCGCCUCUGUCCACACAGUAUCUGUGGGACCGCAUCAGCGAGGACCUCGGCUACAACGGCUCCAAGAGCUCGGAGUGCAGCAACGGCUCCGUGCCCCCCGACCCGGUUCAGAAGGAGGUGGAAACUUUGACAGCCCACUGGAACCUGUACAUCAGUGUUGGGGGCUUUUCUGUAGGCCUGUUGGUGGUGCCUCUCCUGGGUUCGUGGAGUGAUCUCGCUGGGCGCAGACCUGUCCUUAUCCUCCCCAACCUGGGCCUGGCCCUCCAAGCAGUGGUUUACCUAGUGGUGAUGUACCUGAAGCUGCCUGUAGUCUACUUUCUGGUGGGCAGGCUGCUUAGUGGCCUUUCAGGUGAUUUCAACGCCAUCCUGGCAGGCUGCUUUUCAUAUGUGGCUGAUACCACCGACAGAAAGUCCCGCACCUUCAGGGUGGCAGUCUUGGAGGCUUGUCUGGGCCUUUCAGGGAUGCUAGCCAGCAUCAUCGGAGGCCAGUGGCGGCGGGCACAAGGGUACAUCAACCCAUUCUGGCUGGUCCUGGCCACUAACUUGGCUGCAGCUCUGUACGCUUACCUGUUUGUCCGUGAGUCUGUUCUGCGAGACCCAAGUGUCAAGCUCCUCACCUCUCGCCACCAUAAAGCUGUCUGGCACCUCUUCUCAACAGGGGGCAGUACCAGUGAGGGUAGUGGAAGAUUUCACAGAUGCAAGCUGUGGCUUUACACGCUGUGUUUCUUUCUGGUGGUGACUGUACACUUCGGCAGCAGGGAGCUGUAUGUGUUGUAUGAGCUGAGCUCACCGCUGUGCUGGGGGCCGGCCCUCAUUGGCUACGGAUCAGCAGCUCAGAACCUGGCCUACCUUACCAGUCUGCUGGGGUUGAAGAUCAUGCAGCGCUGCCUGGAGGACUCCUGGGUGGCUCUCGUGGGUCUGGUCUCCAACAUCGCUGGGCUGGUGGCCUUCUCUGUAGCUAACACCACCCAGCUCAUGUUCACAGGUUAUGGUCUGUGUUUCCUUUUCAUGGCCGCCACACCUAUUCUCAGGUCAAAGCUGUCCAAGUUGGUGGACCCAUCAGAACAAGGUGCCUUAUUUGCCUCUGUUGCCUGUGUGGAGAGCUUGUGUUUUCUGGUGGGCAGUGGCGUCUUCAACUCCCUUUACCCAGCCACACUGCACUUCAUGAAGGGCUUCUCCUUCCUUUUUGCUGCCCUAAUCCUCUUCAUCCCUGCUGGAAUAAUUGGGACCCUGCAAUGUUUAGACCAGAGGAGAGACCACAGAGACUCCACAGCAUCCUGAUCUGAAGAGAGGCAGAGGGCAGGAACCUGUCAGAAAGUUGAAGUUUAUCCUGGCGUCAGUCUAUGAGGUGAGCAGCUCUGACACAGAGACAUCCGUCAUGUCCAUCUGCGAGGCUGGGAGAGACUUUUGAUCUUAACGCAGUGACGGGGCAGCUGACUGUUGUUAGCCAGCUCAGCGAUGGGAUUCUUCCAACUAGUCACACCAAAGGGAUGAAGACCCAAGGAGGAAGAAUCAAUCUCCUGACUGACAUUACUGCAAAACCUCUCCUGUCUUAGUGAUUAGAUAGUGGAGACUGGGGCUUUGUCAAAUCUUUGCUGGCCCUACAAACUAACCACAGUCUUCCGAUAUUACAUCAUGACAUUCAUACAAAUGCUGUAAUGAAAAAGAUUCGGUACAUGCUUUCAUUUUCUGAUUUGAUACAUUUUCAAUACAGUGUAAUGAGUGCCAAAGAAUGUGCCUUACAUUUCUAUUUUGAAUUUAUCCAUUUCAGUAGCUCUAAAGGCACACUACAGGUUAAGCUGCUAACCAUAAGAGGAAAUUCACAAACUCCUCAGGUGUUCAAAAAACAUAUCAAGCAUAGGUGCAAUGUAAUGUGUUUUCAGAGGGUCAUUUAUUAAUGGCAACAUAUCAUUUACCUGACACAGGUGUGGUUACUAAUUACAGUAGUAAUCAAUAAGUGAGACGGCCUUGACACACUUAUUGUUCCUUCCUUAACAGGUGUUGCUCAUUAAUAAUAUUUUUCAAACCAAUAUCAUGUCAAUGAAACCAUUUAUUUUAGUAUCAUAUUAACGACAGAAUUUAGAUUUUUGCAUCACGGUCAAUUUUCCAACCUUUUGUCUGGGACAGGAAUGUAACUGGCCAAUCACGAUGCAGCUUGCUGGAAUGUCACACACACAAACAUUCAACAUGGCAGACCUUAUGAUUUUUGUUUCACAGAAUUUGGUGCUCUAUCACCAUAAGGACAACGCGAGGAAAGGGAUAGCUGAAGAGCUCCAUUAUGACAUUGGUGGGUUUAUACCCAACUCAGUAUUAUGUGAAACCUUUUCUGCUAGCCUGCUGUUAUAAUGUUGUUUAUUAUUCUCACUAAAAUUUUAGACUUUUCCUUCAAGUUUAGAGGUUUUGUUUUAUGCAUUUCUGACUGCGCCUUGCAGCAUGAGGAGCCUUAAGGGGGCUUAGCCCCCUCUGUUUUAGCUUUAUGUAUCUAUAAAAAAAAAUAGCAAAAACAACAAAAUUAUUGGCUGAGAUACAUGUGACUUUCGCUUAGCUAUUGUUUCAGAACCACGGACAGCGCUGUUUGAUGUGCGUGUUGUGUGUAGGCGACGGGGAAGUGAAGGGACAGUCAACGAGAACGAGCUGUAAGCCGCAAACAGCUGUUACUACGCGCCUCCCCCUACUGAUUUUGACAGAGAAUCGUUUAUAAAUUCAAAAAAUAUUUAGUGCUUUGCUAGUGCUAUGUUCUUAUGUGAGUGCUCUGAUUAAUAAAUGUAUUCUUUGAUUUUGAAACAGUAGCCUUACGUUGUUGUUAUUUAGCCUUUCUGAGGCUAUUGCAUGGUUGAAUCAGUUAAUUUUAUUUCAUGAAAAAAUUGCCCCAUCGCAAUUUUUAACAGCCCCCUCAGUCACUUCAUCCUGGCGUCGGGCCUAAAUCUGACCUUAUAUUUUAUUUAGUCAAAUGCUGCUGCGCCUUGAGUUAUGUACACGAGACAACCAGGCCAGUGAAAAUAGUACACAAAAGUGCUAUCAGGCGAGGAGAUACAACUUCACUUGUAGCCUAAAACCUCUCAGAAGAUAAACAAUACAGUUGCUAUAUUGAAGUUGAUGGCAGUUGAAUAAGCUUUAUUCCAAAAAGCGAGGUUAGAAAUAGUUAGAAAUGUUUUAGAUCUACAAAUGUCAUUCAUUGAGAUCAUAUACAAUGAAUGAAGGUUAUGUUGUUGUUGUUUUUAUAUAUACUUAAAGAUAGGUGACUUGUUUGAUAACAAACCAUUCUGAACUCAUUAAUAAUUUGGAACAAAUACAAAUUGGGAACCCUACCUGUGUCAGGUAAUUUGGUAUACAGAACAUAAGAUAUCAAUCUAUUUUCACCCACCACACCCUUAUCCUAUUUAUUCACCGUUUGCACAUUUCAGUGGAGAGUCAGCCGUGUUAAGGGAUAUCCCAGAUCUGUUAGUGGAAGUGAUCUCUAUAAUCUUCAAGCAGUAAAGUCAAUACCUGAGAUUCAUGGUAUCACACUAUGCAGAUAGAUCAUCUGUGCCAAACAUGUCCAAACCCAACUAUCCACAGCAGAGGGAGUGAACUGUAGCAGCAGCCAGGCAUUACUGAGUUACACCUUGACCCUCCCUCCCUCCGCUUUCCAUAAAGCAGAGAGCACAGUCCAAACUCCCUGAAGAGCCCCCCUCCCACUACCACAAACAACACUGGAUAGUCCCAGAGCACAGGCCCACAGCCAGCAUGCACAAAGGGGUCAGGUCCUAGUUGCACAGUGAAGGAACAAGAGCUGCCAAAUUAGCUUUAAAAUGCACAAAGGGAACUUUAGAGGUUAAGUGAAGUAUUACCUCAGCUACUGGAAAAUGAUCUACAUUGAGAUUGUUUUUGACUCUGGGCGACAGUUUGGUUGGAUCAUGUGGUAAAAGCCAUUCGUCAGACGUAUUGUGUAACAAAACAGACCUACAAAACUGUCUAUUCUUCGUCGUAAGCAGUUGUGCAAUGUUUAUAAGUUGCAAUCAUUUUAUUUAUUGGAAUAGACCUGGAUAGUUUGUGAUAAAGAUGAUGGUUACAUUUGUUUCUGUCACACGUAACUCAAAUAAAGAAUUUCACUGCUA